AUGGCCAGCCCAGUUUCGAGCAUUCCAAGGAAACUCUCAGCUGUACUGUGGGACAUUGAUGGCACUUUAGUGAACUCGACUGCCCUGGCAUGGACAAGCACCAACACCGUGCUCCAAGAGAAUGGCUUCAAGGUGGUCUCCGAAGACGAAUACAAGGAAGCCACACGGCUGACCACUCCAGCCAGGCUGGCGUUCCACGCCACCGGCGACCAAAACCAUGAGGUUGGCUUGAAGUUGGCCAAAGAGUUCGAUGAUCACUAUGUGGGACUCGUGUCCAAAGCGACCGUGCCGCUUGUCCCGGGACUGCAAGAAGUCUUGGAAACCUUGGAGAAAGAUGGCCUCAUACUGGGUGCUUUAAGCAACGCCUGCGGUGCAUAUGUCCGAGCUGUGCUGAAAGCACACAAUUGGUCAGAGAGCUUCAAGACACAGUUGGGAGCCGAUGAAGUCUCUGAGGCCAAGCCUGGGGCUGGAGGUUUGCUGAAGUGUUGCGAAGUUCUUCGGACCGACCCAAGUUCUACAUGUUAUGUAGGUGACUCACCAGGUGAUGGCAAAGCCGCCAGAGCUGCAGGCAUGUUUUGUGUCGGCGUGCGUUGGGGCGGCCAAGCAGAGGAAGGCCUGCGGUCGAACUUCGACGAAGUGGUUAGCACGGCAGACGAGCUGAUAGAAGAGGAGGAGUGGCGGCAGUCCUUAGCCGAAGCUCCGGCGAACCGAUUAAUGUCCCUUGCCACCGACCUUACGUUGGGAGCUUCAGCGGUGUCUGCACGCAUGAGAUUGACCUCAGACCACAUGCAUGAGCUGCACUUGAAGCCUCCUUUGGAGGUAGACAAAGCGGCUUUUGCUGGGACUCAAUUGUGGCCCAAGUUCGUUGAAGCCGGCAAUGAGACCUCCAGGCACGGACGCCUCAAGUUCCCAGACUUCCAAAAGUUCAUUUUGAAGGUGGGCCGGGCGCGAUCCAACGCGGACGAAGGAAUUGCAGAAGCAAUUGAUGCUGUUUAG